GCCAAGUAUACCCUGCUAUCUACCACAUGUCAGUCCCCUGUUCCCACUUGCUGCACCUAUCCUGCCUUUAACCCUGUAAAGAAGUCCUCUGUAGAAACUGCUCCCUUCUCUGUUCCAUCCUCUAGCUCUUCUCUGUCUUUAGCUGCUCUCUCCGUUUACAGCCCUGCAUUUACUUGCAGUGCUUCAGUAACUAAACUCAAGAAGAAGCGAAGAUUCUUUCCAACCAGUACCAUCCUGCCAGUAUCCAAACCGGUCAGCCUGCUGUCUGAGAACCCGCCUUCCAUUGUGCAGCCUGCCUGAUGCCCGAUGAUCCAGUGUACGCUACCCAGCCUGAUGAUCCUAUCCAGCCUGGUGAUCCUACCCAGCCUGAUGGCUCGGUGCCCGCUGUCGUGCCAGAUGACUCGGUGCCCGCUGUCGUGCCAGAUGACUCGGUGCCCGCUGUCGUGCCAGAUGACUCGGUGC